GACAGUUGGAGUUGGAUGCGGUGCAUUCAUUGAUUUCUCACCCGAGAAAACCUAAUUUCCCACAGUGAAAAACAGCAGUUUCCACAUAAGGAAAAUGAGCCAACGCCACCGAGAGGAUCGUUCUUCAUCGCACGGCACAUCGAAAUGUCGGCGGGACAGAAGCCGGAGCAGGAGCAGAUCGCCGCAACAAAUAAAAGAUGAAAUCAAAAAGGAACCGGAAGAAAACGAGAGAAGACCCGAAAACGUAGGACUGGGAGCGAAAAAUAGACUGAAAAGCAUGGGUAUUCAAAUGAAGUUGAACUCCAUGAAAAUGAACAACCCCAACAAACCUAAACUCACGGUCGCUUCGGCGUUUAACAAUGACAGCGAUGAUGAACCAGAGCAAAUGCCUCCCGAGGCCAGGAUGAGGAUGAGGAACAUUGGCAGGGACACUCCGACGUCGUCCGGACCAAACACAUUUGGAAAGACCAAACAAGGCUUCUCGGACAUCAAAAAAGUGUUUGAGAAAAAUAUGAAAGAAGCGAUGAACAGCGCACUCGCUGAUGAUUAAAUAAUUAUCUUAGUGAAUGUGAUUUAUAUUUAAUAGUUGCAAUAAUUAUUUAUUGAAAAUUUUAUUAUAAAUAAAAUGUUUUUGAAUCA